AAAUUCUCAGUCAGUUUUCGAGUCUCCCCAAAUUCAUACGUUUUGUUUUCGCUCUGUAAAUACAACAAAAAAUAAUCAAAAUUAACAAAAAAACUUUUGUAAAUUCAGUCUGAUCUGUAUAUUUGUAAAAUACUUUUCAUCUUUCGUAAGCCCAAUCAUUUUGUUUGGAAAUCGGAACAAACUACAGACGACUGAAGGGAUUCAUCCCACUCCUUGGAGAAGAAGAGACCGACUCAGCAACCGAAUUUUUCCGUGCAAGGGAAAGCGUCUAACCAGCCGCCAAGAUGACUGAGACUAUUGUGUGCCACAAGUGCAACGGGGCCAUCACCAAGCGGAUGAUCACUGCUUUGGGCAAGACCUGGCACCCGGAGCACUUCCUCUGCCGCCACUGCGAUGAGCAGAUCGACGAUGCCGCCUUCAGCAUCCAGGACGGAGAGCCCGUCUGCACCAAGUGCUUCCUCCAGCGGUACACCCACACCUGUGCCGGCUGCAAGAAGCCGAUUUUGGAGCGCACCAUCAUCGCCAUGGGCGAGAACUGGCAUGAGGCAUGCUUCUGCUGUGGUGGGGCCUGCAAGAAACCAUUGGCCUCCCAGCCCUUCUUCGAGCGGGGAGGCAAGGCCUACUGCAAGCAGGACUACGAGAACCUCUUCGCCGCCAAGUGUGCCAAGUGCGAGAAGCCGAUCACCGACAGCGCCGUCGUCGCCAUGAACAGCAAGUGGCACCGCGAAUGCUUCCGGUGCAAUCGCUGCAGCAACCCGAUCACCACGCCGAGCUACACCGUUGAUGGGGACAAGCCUGUCUGUCCCGGCUGCAUAUGAUGAUCCUUGCAACCACGGAUAUUUUCUGGCAUCAACCCACAUGGCUCACACCUCAAACCAACAAAAAACAAGCGGAUUGAAUGACUCACAAUACCAAUAACACUAACAAUUGCUGGUGCAUGCAUUUAUAAUUUAAUGUUCGUUUCAGAGUUGAACAAUCUGAAAUUAUAAAAGCUUGCAACUUCACGCCCAUCGCAGGCUGCUGAUAGCAGAAAAAGACAAAACAGAAACAGAAACAGAAACAAAACAAAUACAAAUAUAGUAUAUGCUGCCCAGCCCUUAAAGCCUUAAUACAAAAUUAAAAGCACACUACACUGAAACAUAAGACACACCAAAUAAACGAAAAAGCCACACAAA